ACAGCCUUGUACAUGGCUUGACACAGGAGCACCCCAUUUCAGCUAAUUACCGUUGCGGAUAGUCAUGUCACAGCCAAAAUCACUGCAGACUGAUAAUUACCUAACAAAAUGGGAGUAUGCUGCUGCACAGCCUAUUUAACUGAGUCUGUGGGCGUGUCGGAAGGUGUCCAAGAAAGAGCUCCCUCAUUUCUUCGAGCCCCUCUUGCGACCUAGCGUACCCGCGUAAUCAGUGAUGUUGAGAAUGUUUAGGCUGAUUUUCCCUGCCUUCAUCCUCUCUUUGUUCUUUGCCAAAAGCAUCGCCAACCCAAUCGAUCGAGCCGUGCCCGUUCCUGACCACCGCGAUAGGACAUUUGUUCCUGGACCAAUUGGCAUGCUCGAAGGUCUUCCUCUGCUUGCGGCAGAGCCACAUGGAGCUGGUUCUGAAGACCUCGGAGCUGCAGGGAGAUGUUGGCGAGGCUAUCACUCGUGCCCGUAUGGUGGAUGCUGUCCGUAUGGUUACUACUGUCAUGGACGAUACUGCCUUCCUAAUGGAUCCACUCCUUGCGGAACGGGCAAUUACUGCUGGAAAGGAUUUUACUGCUAUAAUAAUAUUGCGUGCUUCCCGAAAGGUGCGACCCCUUGCGGCGACGGAAAUCAUUUCUGCUGGCCUGGAAGCAGAUGCUGUAAUCACAGGAAAUCAUGCUGCUAUUAAGGAUACGCUGGACGGAUGGUGUUCAAAGUCGACGAAUCGACCUGCAAUGUGGUUCUAAAUCUCACAAGAAUGUUGGAGUUAGCAUAUCUAUGUGGAUGCUCAGUUCGGAUAACUGCGCUUCUGACUAAGAAAUGUUCUUGUGUCUUUUCAUUUCUUCUUUCUGUCCCCCCAGUUCACGCACCCCCACCAGGCUAGGGCGGACUUGUUUCUCAUCGACUGUGUAACUAGCUCGCAUCUAGCUAUAGGUGCUAGCUCCUGUUGGACAUGUUGGAAACCACCUCGGCCUAUAGCGGGCGUUUGGUGUAA